UUGUGUUUGAAUGAUCUAAAACCGUAGAAGAAGAAGAUGAGCAGGCGCUGCGGUGGAAAUUAAAAUGUCUGCCCCGAAAACUAUCCCUAAAGAUGCUCAGGUGAUGAUCCAGAUCCUAAAGGACAUGGGGAUCACUGAGUAUGAGCCGCGAGUCAUCAACCAGAUGCUGGAGUUUACUUACAGAUAUGUGACAACGAUCAUUGAAGACGCCAAAAUCUACGCCACACAUGCCAAGAAGUCCAGCGUGGAUGCUGAUGACAUAAAACUGGCCAUCCAGUGCCGCAUGGACCAGUCAUUCACCUCACCGCCACCGCGAGAUUUCCUGUUGGAGGUUGCAAGGCAGAAGAACCAGACUCCCCUCCCACUCAUCAAACCCUACACUGGCCCUCGACUUCCUCCAGACCGCUACUGCCUCACCGCCCCCAACUACAGACUCAAGUCCAUCCAGAAGAAGGUGUCAUCGUCGGCUGGCAGGAUAUCCGUGCCUCGGCUGAGCGUCGGCGCCGUCUCCAGCAGACCGACCACGCCCACGCUCGGAACUCCAUCAGUCCAGUCGGUCACCACUAAAGUCGGAACUCCAGUGUCUCUGACAGGUCAGAGGUUCACCGUUCAGAUCCCACCACCCUCUCAGACGGCCACAACCAAAACCACAACGCCGUCCACACCUGCUGUGUCCAACGUCCUCAUCAAUCCAUCUCUGAUUGGCUCCAAGAACAUCCUCAUCACCACCAACAUGGUGUCGCAGAAUGCCGGCGGAGAGUCGCUGAAGAGGAAGCACGAAGACGAUGAUGACUACGACGCUUUAUGACGCUGAAGACUUCAGCACCACCCUGUCUAUAACCCUUUAAAUCCACAGAAAAAGACUCAUGCCACUCCAGACUUGUGAAAAACUUCAGUUGUUUUGUAGAAAAUUAGUUUAAACUGAGAAGAAGCAGUUGGUCAAGCAAAGCUUCAGGACAGCUGAGGAAACCUGCUGAUGUGAUCGUCAGUAAACAACAUUUGAAUAAAAACUGUUUUGUUAUGA